ACUUACAAGUAAAACAAUGUGGCAAAUAAAUGAGUGUAAAAAUAAUAUGAUGCAAGUUUUUAAAAAAUAGAUGUGUUUUACUUUUAAGCAUUAGGCUAAACAUUGAUGCGGUUUGGUUACUGUGUUUGUAGUUGCAGGCAGUUGCCCCUGCCAGCAAUUUCUGGGUGUCUAAAACUACACCCUCACUACACAGACUGCAGGUUGAGGCCCACGAUGAAUACCACAUGAAUCUAUAGGUCCCUGCUAUUUUUUCACCGCGGUGAGAAGGAGGGAGCACUGAGGAGAGAUGGGAGGAGAGAAGUGCAACCGUGCAAACUUCAAAGACAGCACAGCAGUAUCAAAACCUGGAGAUAAGGGUGGGCUCAAUUUUCAGGGAGAAACUGAAGCUUCAUCUGUCACCAAGUGGAUCCACAGAGGUCUGGAAGAGCUAUGUGGAAAAAAUAUGGAUGACGUGGAUAAAACAAAGGAACACCUAAUGCUCUGUAUGUCAAUCCACAUUAGGACAGAAACAUAGAAGACCAAAAAUGCGGAGAAUGUGAAUGGAUAUACUGAAGCUGCUGAGUGAAUCUUUCUUUGCACAAGCAAGGCAACUUUUAUUUUUAAGAGCUACACAGCACUGUGUGCUAAUGUAGGAGAAAGGAUUGUUUUUUUCCCCUGCUGUGGAGACUGCUCUGGAGAUGUCAGCCAGUUAAGUCUUCUCAAGCACAUCUUAGCACAGCAGGGACUUUCUAUCAGGGACUUUGAGCACAGUUUGUCCAGCUAAAAGGCACUGCUGCUCCCCACUGCUCUUAAAUGACCCAGCUUGGAUCUGCUUAAGUUCUACGCCCAACAGAAAACAUCUCUUAAGUCUGGGGUGUUCAUAUGACUUGAAUCUUUGCUGGAGACUUUAUUGAUGUUAAACAGACAUCUGACAUCACAAACUUAUUUGGGAAUAAGCACUACAAGUUGGAAGGAACUGUGUUGUAAUGUUUCACUUUAACAGAAAUAUUUGACUGUCUAUAAGGUCCACUGGCAUCUUCUUUCUGCACUUCACCUCACACUGUGAAAUGUUUCCACAGAGAUGAAACCUUUCCUGUGAGGUAAGAGUCAAAUAACCCUGUGUAAACUGGCUCCUCAGCUUUGUAGCCUGACCUCUGACCUCUCUGAACUGCAUGAACUCACAAUGAACUGCACUUUUAAUGCCACCUUAACUCCCCAGCUGGGUCUUGGAUUGAGCCCAGGGGCAGGAGCUGACGAGUCCCAAGGGAGUGGUAGCGGUGCUGGAGGUAGUGGUGGCUUGUGGGUGACAUCCCUGCUUGGUACUACACUGAUUAUCAUGUGCGUCGUGGGCGUGUCUGGCAACACAUACACACUUAUUGUUACACGCUCAGCUGCUUUGCGGCGCACAGGUUCUAUGUACGUUUACAUCAUUAAUUUAGCUCUGGCUGACCUGCUGUACCUCUGCACCAUCCCUUUUGUAGUCUGCACCUACUUUGCCCACGACUGGCUGUUUGGUGAGGCCGGAUGUCGCAUCCUGCUGAGUCUCGACCUCCUCACCAUGCAUGCCAGUGUCUUCAUUUUAGGUGUUAUGAGCCUGGAGCGGUAUCGUGCUGUGGCCAAACCCUUCAGUGCACACAAGUCUUCGUCCCGCAACCGACGGCUAGUGUCAGGAAUUAUUUGGGGUCUAUCUUUUCUGCUAACGCUUCCCAUGAUGGUGAUGAUCCGAGUCAGGGAGGGCAAACCCACUGUGGCUGGUUCAGUCAAGAGAAUCUGCUAUCCAACCUGGACCCCUGAGGCCUUCAAGGCUUAUAUCAUUGCUCUGUUUUUCACCAGUGUUUUAGUCCCUGGAUUGGUAAUUGUUGGACUGUAUGCAGGGCUGGCUAGGCGCUAUUGGGUAGCGCAGGCUAACUUAGGGGGUAGCAGCUGCUCUGCCAGAAGGACAGGACUCAAACAAAAAGUCGUAUCAAUGAUCUUUAGCAUUGUGGUAGCUUACUGGGCUUGCUUCUUGCCUUUUUGGGGAUGGCAGUUAGCCAAACUGUUCUCUCCAGAGUCCCUCAAAGCUUUGUCUCCAGCUGCUCAUAAUUAUGUAAAUUUCUUUGUCACGUGUCUCACAUAUGGAAACAGCUGUAUAAAUCCAUUUCUCUACACUCUUCUGACUCGGAACUACAAAGAUUAUUUAGCACAGAAAGGACAGUCAUCAGGAUCCAGCAGGGCUGAUCCCGGGUCAGCUGUGACAACCCCACUGCAGGACUUUUAGUGAACUAGCAUAAACUCUCCAGUCGCAAUAUGUUUUGAUUCAGAGAGGACAUUUUUUAUUAUCUACAUCGAGUUGACCCAGCUUAAACCUAACUUCCUCUACUGUCUUAAAGAGACAGUUAACUCGUCUUGUUAAGGUUUUGUGAGUUUUGAGAAAGUAGAAUUAGCAGAAUUAACCAAACUUGACUGAAAGCAUUUAAUAAACUAUACAUUUAGCUGAAUCAAAUGGAUUUCAAUCACAAUGACAAACAUGGUUCUGCCUUCUGUCUCAAUCUGACGAAUCAGGUUUGGAUGAUUUAACUUACGAACUUUGUUCAUUUUGUACCAAAUUGCAUAUGAGAUAUCUCAAAUGUUAAAUAAUGAAUAAAAUUAUAGGUGUAGAGAGGUAGGGACUAAACUGACUGGAAUUCACUGUGAUCAUUAUUUUUGUAUUUGUUAUGUUCUGUUGAGCAGAUAGACAUCUAGCCUGCAGAUUUGAAAAUAGAAUGACAUAUUUACAUAUUUUUACUGUGUACAUUGUAACAAUUAAAGUGAAACUGCUGUAAAAACAAUACAAUAGAAAAGUGAAUGAGUUGUACAGAACUGUUUUAAUAUUUUUUUUAAUGGUCCAAUUUGAAACCAGCUUUACAGACAAAUACUUUUCAUCUCCAUCUAUGGAAUGUCGUUGCACUGUGCCACAUUCCUCAGCCUCCGGACGCUUGUCUUUUGAGUCCUCCUGUAAAUUGUCUGUGUAAGUGUGUGCUACAUCUCCCACCUCACCUCCUUUUCCAUGUCCACUUUUAUUCUUUUUUUAACCUAUUUCCUCAUCACAUAUUAAAGAUAAUGACCAAUACAAUUCCAGGUUUUCUUUUUUCUCCCUCUUUUUUAAAUGUUGCAUAACUUUAAAAAAUAGGGAAAAAUAAUAAUUCUGCUUUUGAAUUACAGACAUUGACAAAAAUGCGUUGGCAUCUUCUUUUAGUGCUUUUAAACACCCACUGCUUUUACUCAUGUAUGUUACAAUGAUAUAAAAAAAACUGAAACAAGUCUUUGUUGCAUAAAUAUUGUGAAGAACAUGUAGGUGUAAAUUACACGUGGUGUUUCGUAUUUGUGUAUCAGAGGAAGUAAAUGACGAAGAAGACUCUUUUCUUUCAGGGUUUUAUUAACAAAUCCAGCUUUGCUGAGCUGUCCUCCAACCAUAGUAAGGUAAGAUGUGCUGGGGCUCCAUCUUAAGGCCAUUUCGUCUCAUUACAACAUCAGCAAUCUAAAUCGGUUGACAUUUCCAGAGUUACUUUUCAGAUUUCAGAUUAGCAGUCAAGCCUAAUUUCAGCUAUGUAAAAACAUGAGACUCUUUUAUCAACAAGCAAAAGGUAGAGGGGUGAAGGGUUGGGGCUUAAGAAGAGGUCAGCCUCUACUUCAGCUUGAUGCCGAUGAUUCUCGCAUCACCGCUCACAUCGAAGUACUUGUACUUGACAUCACCCAGGCGGUUGGGGAAGUUAAUCAUGCUGCCGUCA